AUGUUGGCAUCACAAACAGAUUGGUUAAAUUUAAAACCAAGGGAUGUCUUUGAGGACCUAGAGUGUUGUAAUACGGAAGCAGAACUCUAUUUUCUGGAAAAGUCUAUGCUCAAAAGGCCAUCAAGAUCACUUCAAAGAAUUCAUAUAGUGUCUUCAAAAAAAGAAAAGAAAGAAUCAAUCAGCCAUAUAAAUAGAAUAGAAUGCGUCCAUAUUUUAGUCCAGCAAGAGAUGCGUCAAAAACAUCAAAAACAGUCAGUCCACCUCAAAAUGGCCCAGAUAAACAAAGAAACAAAUAAACUGGAACAAAUGUCUUACGAAGUGGACAAGCGAGAACUCUUUCAAAGAUCUCAGACGAGUUUCUUUAAUCUUAUAAAGCUAAUCAUCACAAAAUCAGAUUCCACCUCCACAAAAUCCUAUGAAGACUGUACACAGCGUUCCCGCAGCUUUGGAGCUGAUACCAUCGCCGGUUAUGAAGCUGUCGAACUUAAAUUACCGCCAUUUCAACUAAAAUUGAACAGAAAUCCAAAAAUAGGAGGACCAUAG